AUGCGUUUCCACCUCCUCCCUCUUGUCGCGCUCGCGACAGCGGUCGUGAGCCGGCCUCACGCUGAACGCAAAGAACUCACUCAACGUGGUCUCGGCGACCUCGGCGCUGGCGCGUUCGCAGGCGCCGGCGCGCCCGCUCACCGUGUCGAGGCGCUGCAAUAUCUCCUCCACGACUGGGGCUACGAGGUUGUCUCAGACGGCAUCUGGGGUCCCGAGACAGCUGGCGCCGUCACCGCCGUCCAGCCGCGUGUAGGCUUGGCGGCGGAUGGCGUGCCCGGCCCUGCGACACUCGGCGCUCUCGUCAAGGAGGUUGCGCAGGGGAGCCGCGGCAAUGUAGUGCGCGCCGCUCAGACCGCGCUCAACGGUAACGGGGCCCAGCUCGCCGUCGACGGCGAGUUUGGCGCGGGUACUAAGGCCGCCACGGUCGCAUACCAAAGCGCCCGCGGGCUCGUCGCGGACGGGAUUGUCGGUAGAACAUCGUGGACGGCGCUGUUCGGCGGUGGUGGGGGGACGCCACGCCCCACCGAGCCGCCUGUCACGAUUCCACCUCCCACCGACCCCGAGCCGACCAAUACACAGCCUGUUGACCCCGACCCCGAGCCAACUGACCCCGCGCCCACCGAUCCACAGCCUACCGGCCCCGAGCCUACCGACCCCGAGCCCACCGCCACACAGCCCACCGACCCCGAGCCGACCAACCCACAGCCGACCAACCCUAACCCAACCGACUUCACGGGGGGAACCCCUCGAACGACAUCCGGUCCUACAGCGACGCAAUCGCCAAGGCCGUUAAGUCAAAGUGAGAAGGACGAGUGGAAAUUCUACACAUUCUUCUCCAAGGUCGUUCAAUGCGAGGACGACAAAAUCAGGAGCUGGAAGUGCGGUCCAUCCUGCGAUUAUAUCUCGCAGCAAGGCGGUUCCAUUCCCACCGUUCCAGUGGUGGAAAGUGGCUCAUCAUGGGAUACCAUCUCCACCAUCUUCGCCGCCGAGCAAGCUGGGCGACUUUUCGUGGUUGUGCAGGGCACAGACAUGAAUACCACCCUUGGCCACUACCGCGACGAGACGCAGGUUACCCCUAAGUGGGUUAGCCAAGAUCUCGACGGUCCUGUACGCAUUCGCCGGGGCCACGCAAACCUGGCCCAGUUAUACCGGAACGUUGUUGAUAAGUCCGUGGAGAAGAGCUACAACGGAGGCACCCGCGACAUGGUCCUAGUGGGACACAGCCAGGGGGGAUCGAUUGCCGAAAUUCUCGGCGUGGAAUACAAAAAACGUUUCCCAGACAUGAAGAUCACAGUGCGCGCUUUCAGUCCCCCCAAAACAGGUAACGGUGCGUGGGCCCGUGCUGUGGAAAAUACAAUCGAUGAUUAUCGGUAUGCUGUGGCGAAGAAUGAUCGCAUUCCUCACGAGCCCCUCGCCGAGGAAUGGACUCAUCCCGAGGGUGAGGUUUACUGGCCCUUUGAGUUUUUCCCUCCACCAGACCCGAUGGAUUGGGUGUACUGCCCUGGUCGCGAAAAUAACGAGUGCUCAGAGGGCAUUUUAUAUGCUUUCACACCGUUCACGGGUGCGGCAGACCCAAUGUAA